AGAGACAAGGUCUUGAAAAUUCACUUGAAGGGCUGUGUGACUGCCCAGAGGAGAACAAACAGAGAGAAAGACACUGACCGGAGGAUUGGAGAAGCGCCCCUGCAGCCUGAGGAGAGGGGGUUUGAACGAGAGAGGAAGGGGGUUUUACAUUUUCUAGAACUCGUUAAUAUUUACAGAGCAAGAACGUGAGAGACAGGCAAAGAGAAAGAGAGAGUAAGAGAGCGAGAUAGAAAAUCAAUGAAGCAGGAGUUGGUCAGGCAGUGAUUCUGUGUCUGUCUGCUGUGUCUGUCUCUCUCUUCUCUGUCCUGUGUCCAGCUUGUCUCUGUCCUGUGUCUCUGUCCCGUGUCUGGGAUGGCGUGCCACACCCCUCUCUCUUGCGGUGCGUCUGUGCUUCUCCUCCUGCUCAUGUCAGAAGCUAUCUGGUGGAACAUCGUCGUGGGCAGUGACGAGGACCCCCAGACCACCACACCCCUGCAGGGGACCCCCAAACUCAGCACUGUAGGAGCAGCCCCAACACUGCCAGGGGGAGCGCAGGGCACCCCAGCAAUCAACAAAGAGGUCCACCCAACACACAACGAGGGAGAGGAGGAAGGGGUCACCCCAUCAAUCAACGAGGGAGAGGAGGAAGGGGUCACCCCAUCAAUCAACGAGGGAGAGGAGGAAGGGGUCACCCCAUCAAUCAACGAGGGAGAGGAGGAAGGGGUCACCCCAUCAAUCAACGAGGGAGAGGAGGAAGGGGUCACCCCAUCAAUCAACGAGAGAGAGGAGGAAGGGGUCACCCCAUCAAUCAACGAGGGAGAGGAGGAAGGGGUCACCCCAUCAAUCAACGAGGGAGAGGAGGAAGGGGUCACCCCAUCAAUCAACGAGGGAGAGGAGGAAGGGGUCACCCCAUCAAUCAAUGAGGGAGAGGAGGAAGGGGUCACCUCAUCAAUCAACGAGGGAGAGGAGGAAGGGGUCACCCCAUCAAUCAAUGAGGGAGAGGAGGAAGGGGUCACCCCAUCAAUCAACGAGGGUGAGGAGGAAGGGGUCACCCCAUCAAUCAACGAGGGAGAGGAGGAAGGGAUCACCCCAUCAAUCAACGAGGGAGAGGAGGAAGGGGUCACCCCAUCAAUCAAUGAGGGAGAGGAGAAAGGGGUCACCCCAUCAAUCAACGAGGGAGAGGAGGAAGGGGUCACCCCAUCAAUCAAUGAGGGAGAGGAGGAAGGGGUCACCCCAUCAAUCAACGAGGGAGAGGAGGAAGGGGUCACCUCAUCAAUCAAUGAGGGAGAGGAGGAAGGGGUCACCCCAUCAAUCAACAAGGGAGAGGAGGAAGGGAUCACCCCACUAAACAACGAGGGAGACACCCCAAAAGAGCCUAGGGUCACCCCCAAACCUACAGAAUCAGCUGGACUACCACUCACCAACCCCAAACCUAUGGAGUUAGCUGAGGUACAGGUGACCACCCCCAAACCUACUGAACCAGCUGCAGCACCACUGAGCAAACCCACACCUACAAAAUCAUCCGAGAGAGGGGCGUUAGACAGACUGACCACCCCCAAACAUACUGAACCCGGGGUCACCCCACUGAGCACCCCCAAACCUACAGAAUCUGCUGGGGUACAGCUCACCACUGCGAAACCCACCGAACCAGCUAGGUCAUCACUGACUCCCCCAAAACCUACUGAUCCUGGAGUCACCCCCAAACCUACUGAACCAGCUGCAGCACCACUGAGCAAACCCACACCUACAAAAUCAUCCGAGAGAGGGGUGUUAGACAGACUGACCACCCCCAAACCUACUGAACCCGGGGUCACCCCACUGAGCACCCCCAAACCUACAGAAUCUGCUGGGGUACAGCUCACCACUGCGAAACCCACCGAACCAGCUAGGUCAUCACUGAAUCCCCCAAAACCUACUGAUCCUGGAGUCACCCCCAAACCUACUGAACCAGCUGCAGCACCACUUAGCACUGCAAGACUGAUUGAACCCAGGGUCACUCCCACACCUGCAGAAUCAUCCGAGAGAGGGGUGUUAGACAGACUGAUCACCCCCAAACCUACUGAACCUGGAGUCACCCCCAAACCUACUGAACCAGCUGGGCUACCUCUGACCACCUCAAAACCUGUUGAGCCAGGGGUCACCCCAAUAGAGACAGGAUCCACUGAGCUACCACUGAGCACCCCCAAACCUACAGGCGGGGGAGAGGGACCCCCAGAUCCUCCUCGGGGGAUCCCCACAGUCCCAGGGACACCCCCCCCCACCUUCUCCCAGUUCCUCAGUUCGACACAGAUCUCUGAAACUUACUGUCCCUGUGUGGCUGGACCUCCUGGACCAAAGGGGGACAGUGGAGCUGUUGGCCCACCCGGCCUCCCUGGUCUGCAAGGGCCUGUGGGACCCCCAGGGACCACGUCUGAGUUAUUCUGCAAGGGUAUAAAGGGUGACCAAGGAGAGAAGGGUGAGCGCGGAGAGAGAGGGGAGAAGGGAGCAGAGGGGACGAAGAUUCGGGGGCCUAUGGGGCCAAUAGGAGCCCCAGGGCUAACGAGACAGACUGGAGCCAAGGGAGACAAAGGAGAGAGAGGCCAACGUGGAGCAAAGGGAUUCCCGGGGCGAGACGGUGUGGCACUGCUGGGCCCCCCUGGUCCCCCAGGCCCUCCCGGGCCCCCCGGACACUCCAGACAGACCCUGGGGCCCCCCGCAGGGAACCCCAAUAAACCAGGUGAGCGCGGAGAGAGAGGGGAGAAGGGAGCAGAGGGGACGAAGAAUCAGGGGCCUAUGGGGCCAAUAGGAGCCCCAGGGCUAACGAGACAGACUGGAGCCAAGGGAGACAAAGGAGAGAGAGGCCAACGUGGAGCAAAGGGAUUCCCGGGGCGAGACGGUGUGGCACUGCUGGGCCCCCCUGGUCCCCCAGGCCCUCCCGGGCCCCCCGGACACUCCAGAAAGACCCUGGGGCCCCCCGCAGGGAACCCCAAUAAACCAGGUGAGCGCGGAGAGAGAGGGGAGAAGGGAGCAGAGGGGACGAAGAUUCAGGGGCCUGUGGGGCCAAUAGGAGCCCCAGGGCCAACAGGACCGACUGGAGCCAAGGGAGACAAAGGAGAGAGAGGCCAGCGUGGAGCAAAGGGAUUCCCGGGGCGAGACGGUGUGGCACUGCUGGGCCCCCCUGGUCCCCCAGGCCCUCCCGGGCCCCCCGGACACUCCAGACAGACCCUGGGGCCCCCCGCAGGGAACCCCAAUAAACCAUGUCUGCAAGGACCCCCCGGACCCCCCGGACCCCCUGGACCCCCAGGACACAUCGGUUACUACAAUAGAGUGUUCCCUGUGCCCCCCCGACCGCACUGCAAGGACAGACUGAACACCGCCCAGAGCCACCGUCCAGGUCCAGAGCGAGGACAGCGCAGCUCAGAGUAUCAGGGAGCCACGCUGCAGAGCUGGAUGUUCUCCUCUGUGUCUGAGAUGCGUGGCUCUGCCUCCUUGGUGCCACAGGGCAGUGUUGUGUUCGUGAGGCAGGAGGAAGCCGUCUUCAUCCGAGUGCAAAGCGGCUGGAGCCGGCUCAAGCAAGAGGAUUUCCUGAGCUCAUCGGACCCUGCAGACGAGUUGUCAGUGCAGGCGCAGAGACCAGUCCCAGCUCCCAGUCUGCCCAAUUCCCCCUGCGUUCCUGUUGUUAAUGGGCUCCGUUUGGCUGCUCUGAACCAGCCUCUCUCUGGUGCUAUGAGUGGCGUGCCGGGGGCGGACCUACUGUGCUUCCGACAGGCCCGGGAGGCGGGGCUCCAGGGAACAUUCCGAGCCUUCCUCUCCUCCUCCAAUCAGAACCUGGCAUCGCUGGUCAAGCGUUCCGAUAGCACCGCCUACCCCAUCCUCAACCUCGGGGGCCAGUACUUGUUCCCGAAUUGGCUCUCUCUGUUUUCAGAGUCAACCCCCCCAAUGACCCCCCGCCUGCCCCUCUUCUCCUUCGACGGGAGGGACGUGUGGACAGACCCAAACUGGCCUUACAAAGCAGUCUGGCAUGGCUCCUCCCCCAUAGGGGUGAGUGGCCGGGGCCUGCAGUGCGGUGAUUGGCGGCAGAGUGAUCAUGUGACUGGGCUGGCAACGAGGCUGCAGGAUGGAGGGAGGCUGCUGAGAGACGGCGGGGAGGAGCGCUGCAGGACCCCCCUGAUCGUGCUGUGUGUGGAGAAUAGCUACCCCUCGCAGUGAAGCAGAGACCCUCCCCCUAUCUCCCCACCCCCUCCCUCUUCCCUCUCUCUCUACCUGCUCCUCCCCUCCCUCUCUCCUCCUCUCACUAUUCCUCAAUCCCUUUCUCUCUCCCCCUCCCCUCCCUCCCCUUCCCCUGCUCCCCUCUCUCCCCUCUCUGUUUGAAUCUUUAUAACAGAAAGUGUGAAGAUUAUUUAGCAUUUUUCCUUUGUACAGUAUUGUAUGAGAUUAACAAUAAAGA